CCAAGGGAUUGACGAUUAGAUCCCCCCUCAUCUUCAUUUACUGAUCGUCUCGAAAUCAAACGAAUCAUCAUAUCAAAUCUGCCCACAAAUUAUGUGCUUCCAAGUUAAAUGCAGUACCUGCCAGAAAAUUACAUGGAAGGGUUGCGGGAAGCAUGUCGACCAGGCCCCUUUGCGCAUCCAUGACGGCCCGCUGCCGCCGAUACACAUGCGCUUACAGGUGAUGAAGAACGUGGAUGAGAAAGACAAGUGCACCUGCACCCGCGAAACAUCAUCUGCGGUUUCAACGACGACGUCGACGUCGCCUCCGCAAAGUUGGGGUUCCCGAUUUGCGCCAUCGUGGUGGAAGUCUUGACUUAUAAGAAAGGGGGACGUUGCAAAUGAUGAUUAGCCUGUCCGCGGUGCCGUCAUUCUGGUUGCGUCCUGCCUUAACUGAUCGAUCCUGUAUUGUGCACUCCUGAAUAUUGACCUCGUUCAAAUAUUUCUCUUGUUGAAAAACCAAAAAAGGGGUGAA